AUGGCCGCUGAGGAACUCCACAUGAACCCGGGGGCCAGGAGGCAGGAAGCAGCCUCCAAAGAGAAGCCCGGGGGAGCCUCAGCCAAUAUGAAAGGUGUAGAUGACCCUGACUAUGAGAAUAUCACCUUCACCUUCAGAAACCAGGACCAGCAAAAGGGCAGCUACUCACCACCCAAGAGUGAGGCCUGGUCCAGGCCGUCCUCGGACUCUGCCCGGGCCCCGCCCUGGUUGCACACAGCCGUCAUGAGCCUGUACAUUCUUCUCGCCCUGCUUUCCAUCAUUCUGUUGGCCUGGGUCCUGGUGAACAAUUCUGUGAUGUCCCAGGAGCUGCUGGUCUUGAAAAGGGAGCUCUGGAAUGUGCACGAGUGCCAAGGAGAGCAAAAGCAGGGCUGGCGCAGGGCCCAUCAGACAGCCACGGAAGCCAAAGAGGGCCUUCGCAGGGUCCAGAGCGACGUCCAGGCCGGGAACGAGAGGCUGAAGGCGCUGUCAGCAGAGUCCAAACCUCAGUAA